AUGCGGUGGCUCGGCAUCCUCGACCUCGCACACCUCGGCCCGGUCUGCCGCCGCCUCGGGCGGUUGAAGGACGUGGAACCAGUAAGCUAUUGUGAAACUGAGCCAAAGAAAGAGAAACACUCUGAAGAUGGCAAAACAGCAGUAAUAGAGAUAGGAGCCAAGGAAGAAAUAUAUACUGAAGAGCACGACAAGCUCUUGGGUACAUGCAGCACUCCUUGGGCUCUCUUUGUCGAUGGCUAUGGCAAGGAUGGAAAGCGCAUCUAUGAUCAAGUGAGGGGCCAAACCUAUCAUCAGUGCCGAUGUGCAGGAAAGUAA